AAAAAAUCUGGCUGCUCGGGGUGUGAAGUAUGGGGUAAUAGAUAUGACUGAUCCAAGAUUGAUCCAGUUCCCACCCAACUUGUCAGCUGAGUACCGUAAUCUUUGGUGCAUGUUUCGUUAACAACUUUAACAACCUAUGCAGUGUUGUUGAUGAAAAAGGCCGGAGUUUUAAUGGCUGAAUCAAAUUUCAUGUCAACUGAAUAUAGAAUGAUACAUAAAAAGGUCUGCCGCUUCUCUUGAAAUAGAUAACCUGACAAGACACUUGGUUUAAUGUGACGUAAUACCAUAUAACGUUCAGGUUACAAAUUAUAAAAUCUGAAUGCAUUCCUCAAAUGACAAUUGAAGGGCUAUCAUCAGAUCUGUUUGUUGCAGAUUUAAGAGAGCAGAGGAUGAAAACAUAUGUGACAUGGAUUAUUAUAAUCAUUCAUUUUUUGAUACUCAAAAGGACUAUAAAUCUUUCAACAAUUUUAACUUAAGUUUUAAACGUUGAAGUUAAAUGCAACUUCAUUAUUUGUGUGAAGUAAAUCUUGAUCAACAGGUUAUAAUUUUUUUUGUGAAAAAAAUAAAUAUAGAAGAAUCAUGGGUUGUGUUCAAAGCCAGCAUUCAACUGAAGAUGACGGCGAGUAUAUUGAGACUCUAACUUUGCGAAGACAGAUCAGUAAACGGAAUACUGGUGGACCGACUCAAAACUUGAAAAUCUCCAUCUCUGUCAUAGCAGAUCCUAUGUCCAGUGAUGAUGAAACUGCUCCAUCUGUUAUGUGUAAUGUACAUAGUGUGCAUAAACAUAGUUUUAAUACUGUUUCGCAUAUGGAAGGGAGGAAGUAUACAAAGUUUCCGCACAUGGUCGGGUACAAGAUGUGUCGUGCGUGUAACAAGGCACGGGAAGAUGUUUUAAACACUGUUGCCCCAGAUGGUGAUGAAAAGGAGAUUUGUAGAAAGUGUUCGGUGAAAAAACGCAAAAACAGCGAAAAAAAGAAGAAUUUGAAGAACUUAAACAAGAAAAGUUUAAACAUGGCUUCAGUCAGUCAAUCAUUGGCCACCAAAACAUUGGAAGUUUCGAAUAAAAUCGACAUUACACACUUUGCAAGCCUUCUUGCUCUGACCGCUCUUGACCUGACUGCCCCAGCCAGCGAGGCGAUAUUGAAGAAUCGGAAAAACACAUGGAUACAGCUGGCCGGUCACCCUGGAGGAUUUGCGCCAGCUGGACCCAACACAAUAUGGAAGAAACGUUACACAAAGGACAACAACGAGGCAGAGGCGUACGAGGCGUUAAUGGAGGACCCUGCCCACGACGUUGUUCCCAUCUUCUACAGGGAAGUUGAAUACAACUCAGAAUAUUUUAUUGAGAUAGAGGAUUUAUUGCAGCAUUUUACCGACCCCAACAUAAUGGACAUAAAAAUGGGGACUAGAACAUUCCUGGAAGCAGAGGUUAUGAAUUCUACGCAGCGAAAAGAUCUCUAUGAUAAAAUGGUGGCUCUGGAUCCAGACGCACCGACUGCAGAGGAAAAACGUCUGCAGAGCAUUACAAAACUGAGAUAUAUGCAGUUCAGGGAACAGGAAAGCUCAACGGCAGAUUAUGGCUUCAGAAUAGAGGCUGUUCGUAUAUCAGGGGAGCCUCCCACUACGAACCUAAAGCGUGUAAAAACUAAGGAACAAAUCCAUGACGUGCUGUCGAGGUUCGUACACAAUAGUCAGCAUAUUCAGGGUCUUCUGCUUGAGAGAUUGAGAGAUAUUCGGGACAAACUCCAGGAAUCUUCAUUCUUCAUGUCACAUGAGUUAAUCGGCAGUUCUGUAUUGGUAAUGUAUGACCAGAAUGGGAAAUGUGGCAUCUGGGUAAUAGACUUCUCCAAGACCAACCCUGUACCGGACGCUGAGCCAAUCACACAUCGCCUUCCUUGGUCGCUAGGCAACCAUGAAGAUGGAUUCCUCUUUGGGAUCGAUAAUCUCAUACAGUUUUUCUCUGAUAUAGAAGUAAAAGAAGAAAUCACUGCAAAUGUUUGUCAAAGUCAAGCAAGAGAAGAAGGGGUUUCAUAGUAUCUGAGCUAUAAAUAGAUGUUCUGUUCUAAAAAUAGUACCUUGUCCAUAAAUAGAAACACUAAAAAUAGAUCAAAUGUGAUGCCUCAAUAUGUGGGUGCAUUUCAAGUUCUACCUGAGGUAAUAAUUGGCUAAUUAAUUUCAAUUGUUGUGCGGAUUUUCAAUUAGGGAUUGUUUGACAUGAUAUCAUUUACAUGUAUUUGCCAAAUAUUAAGGCCAAUUUACUGACAUAUGUUAAGGUAUGUUUAGUUUUCUGAAAAUUGUUCAGUUUUUAACAAUUCAAAAAUUUGUAUUAUUAAAUGCACCUUGACUUUGGUUGUAUUAGAUCCUCUUUCCUGAUCGUCAGCGAAUUCAUGACAACAUCUUACUAGAAAAUUAACAUUAUUUUAACAAUGUGAUGCAAAUGUUCUUGGAACUUGUAAUGCAAAAUGUUCAUAGGACCUGUAAGGAAAUGUUCAUGGAAUUUGUAAUGCAAAUGUUCAUGGACUUGUAAUGCAAAUGUUCAUGGAACUUCUAAUGCAAAUGUUCAUGGAAUUGUAAUGCAAAUGUUCAUGGACUUGUCAUUUAAAUAUUCAUGGAAUUUGUAAUGCAAAUGUUCAGGGACCUGUAAUGUUAAUGGAACUUGUAAUGCAAAUGUUCAUGGACUUGUAAUGCAAUUGUUCAUGGGAGUUGUAAUGCAAAUGUUGGUAUGCAAAUGUUUAUGGAAAUCAUAAUGCGACGGUUCAUGGUACAUGUAAUGCAAAUGUUGGUAUGCAAAUGUUUAUGGAUAUUGAAUGCAAUGGUUCAUGGUACUUGUAAUGCAAAUGUUGGUAUGCAAAUGUUCAUGGAACUCGUAAUACGAUUGUUCAUAAGACAAGCAAUUCAAAUAUCUAGGCAAUUUUAAUGCAAAUAUUUAUGAGACAUGCUGCAGAAAUCAUUGAUUGCCUUAUAAGGUAAUUAAAAGCUAAAUGACAUGUUGAUGCUACUGACAUUCCAUUAAUUAUACCAACAGUAACAGGUGGUAGAAUUAGGAAUGCAUCCACUGUAUUUGAUAGCUAAUUAAAGGCAGCCAUCUUAAUUUUAAAAAAGUAUAAAAAAGAUAUAUAUGGGAGCAAAUGUAGAAAUUACCACAAAAGUAUUAAAAUCAAAUUCUAAAUCAUCCUAAUGCCACCCAUUCAACCAGGAAAGGGCUAAGAAAAAGGGCUUGUGCCAAGUUGAUUUUGUUUUUAGUAGUGCAUACAGUUUUUCCAUUGUAAAAAUAGACCUAGGCAUUUCACCCGCAGUUAAUCUGGUCAAAAUGUUUUAUUUUUAUUGUUUUAUUUUCUUUUAACUUAAGCACUGAUUAUGUUAUCAAAUGGACUGUUCAAGUUUAUGAUAAUUUUGCAUGUAAUAGGGUUAAACCAUUUGCGCUCGGCUGCCUUUAAGUGUUGAUGCCCAUUUUGUAUUUAUAUAAUUAGAUGUUGAAUAUUUCUUUUUCGAUAUUUGCUCAUAUUCUAGGGCAUACAUUGACAUUGUUGACAUCAUCUGUUUAAUCUAUUAUAUGUUCUGUGUAAAUGCUACGGAUAGUUGUGAAUUGGAUUUGUUUAUGGCCUAUUGGUUUACUUGACAACUAAUUUUGUGUGGUCAACAUUUUUGAGAUGGAUUCUGUUUAUUUGCAUCAUUUGUAUGUUACUUUGCCUGACAAUAUUGAAUUCCAUUCUGUUGUUGUAAAGAAUUAUUGCAAGAUAGUUUGUGUGGCUAUUACCAAGUGUUAUUAAAGGGACUAGACACCAGAUGGUCCAAAAUCAGCAAAUACAGUAUUUCCUCAAAACAAGCCUAAAAUUUUCAAUGCGAGCUAGAAGUAGGCCGAGUACAUUGCUUUGCUCGUACAUAGUUAAAUAAAAGAAUGCAACAAUCAUGCUGCUGUCUCAUCUGUUUCCUUGUUUAAAAUAGCGCAAAAUGGUUUCCCAAUUUAAAUCAUAUCUGUCUAUGAGUACAGAUAAUUAUCCAACUUUUUUAUUUAACUUACUGGGAUUUACAUGAUAGACAACCCUAGUAAAUUUAGAAUUGGAAAAAAUGCACAAAAACUGUGAAUGAUGCGUCAUAAGCAUACAUGCCAUAUCCUCCGGUGGGGGGAAAAAUCCCCCGCCGGGGGAUCCAUAUCCCCUGGAAUAAUAAUAAAAAAAAAAACUUGCUUAAGGUUGACAGUGGAAAGCAUCAAUAAUAUUAUGAGUGUGAAAUUCCAUGAAGGACCAUGAUGACUAAGUCCAAAAAUAAUUGUAAUUUGAGUGUAUUUCUGUAUUUAUUCUUAUAUUAUAAAUGCAGAUAUUGCGCAAGUUUUCGCCGCGUAAAAAUCCCCUGGUGUAAUAUCAAAAUCCCCUGGAAUUCAGACCAAAAUCCCCUGGGAAGCCUCUCAAAAAAAUAUGGCAUGUAUGCAUAAGCAAUGUGAUACAUUAGUAAGUAAGAUUCAAUGCAUUGUACACAAAGAUGUCAAAUUUAUGUUAGUUUUUGACAAUUUUCUUUUUUUCUUGCAAUUGUAUCAUCUGGUGUGUAGCCCCUUUAACCCCGCAAAUUGUAAUUCACUACAGAAAUUGCUUCCAAAUCCAUGUUUUAACUUUGCAGUAUUAAUGAAAUUUAUCGUGGCAUUUAAAUAGACUUGGCUAAAAAAACGUAAAAUAUAUGCUUUGAUUAUUAUGCAAAUGUCACAUAGUUUAGACGUUAGGCAUGAUUUACUAUAUCUAUCAGAAUGUGAUCAUACACAGAAAUGAGGAAUUUUAAGCCUCAAUCUGAGACCCAGACUUAGAAAUUUACGAUUUUAAUAGCUAAUUUUUUUUUAUUUAGUAUGAUUAUUAUUUAUUAUAAAAAAAAAGAUUUACAGUUUUGAGUCUGAAGUCUCAGAAUGUUAUUGAAAUAUUCAAUAUAAUUCUUAUCCAAUUAUCCUCACUGAAUCCAUUCGCUCCAUUUUGGCCAGUUAUUGAUACAGUCCAAUCAAAAUACUUUCAUUCAAAUCUUAAAAUUAAGAAAAAUCUAAGUUGGUUUAAUUGAAUACAGCCGCAGAUUUUUUUAUCAAGAAAACAGAAGGUUUAUCAACAGCUUUGUUUGUUAACUAUUAAGCUUAACAACAAAUUUUGAGCAGUAUUUAUGAAGUGAAAAACAAUGAGAUUACUAUAAUUUAUAUCUUUAUGUUUAUUCUCCUUGUUUUACACCAUCCAUGAUAUUUCAAGAAUGUUUGUAAUUGCUAAUCUCAUUUCCAUGAUAUUUUUAAGUGUGAUUAUAUUUUGUGUUGCGUAAACCGUUUUUAAGUGUAGUUUUUGUCAUUUAAUCUUUUUUGUUGUUGUUUAAACAUUUUAUUUGGGUUUUAACUAUUUUAUUGUCGUUUAAACACUUAUUUUCUGUAUCGCUCAAAUUUAAUUCAAGUUUUAUAUUUUUAAUUGCAAAGUGAUAAAUAUAAAUUCCUUUUUAUGUUUUUUAUUACCUUCUAUGAUAUAAAGGGCCAAUUGUUAAGAGCUUUGUUAAAGUUAAUGACGUUGUUAACAGCAUCGAUGAAAUGGCCCAUAGUUACACAUUUAUCUUGUUUUAACAAAUUAAUAAUUAUUACCCUAUUAUAACUGAACUGAUGGAAAUUUUUAAGUUAACUGUUUUUAGAUUUUCCUCUACAUUAAUUCAUAUACUUGUAUUGGCUUAUUAAAACAUAAACUACAUAAAUAUAUUUUAUUUUCAACCAUUGUAUUGUAUGUCUUAUCAAAACACUUGUUUUUACAUCUUAUUUAUUUUUUGUCUUGGAAAGAGCAAACUUUUGUGUAAAUAUCUGCAAACCAAUGAUUAAAGAUUGCUGACAAAAGAUCAGUCGCAGAUUUACAUAUUUCUGUUCGAAAAUUAAUGUUUUAUGGCUUAAACCAUUACUAACGGUUUAAGAAAAAUCCAGAAACAUGACUUUUGGAGCUGAAAUAUAAAAAUCUGCGAUCUAAUUUUUUGUCAGCAGUCUUAUAUAACUGGUUUCCAUGGAUUUUCGCAGAAAUUGGCUCGUUCCAAGACAAAAAAUAAAAAAAGUUGUCAAAAAGUUCAUUCUGUGAGAGUGCAGCUUUAAAAUGUUCUUACUGCACAAAGGAAACAAUAGAAGUUCAAAAUUUCAUGUAUAUGUGUAAUAUAUUCUCCAAUGGAUCUUACUUACACUAAGGUCAUUUUUCAUUUAACAUUGGGCUGAUAACUUUGUUAACAACGUUGUUACAUCAUUGUUGUUAACUUCUAAAGGUUAACAACUUUGUAAUGUGCUGAUAUAUUAAAAUAAAACAGGCAAAGCAGAAUCAGUUGUCUCAAUAUUUGUUGAAAAUAGUUUUUAGUGUAUUAAAGAUUUGCAAGUUAGCAAUGAUUUAGUUAACAACGAUAACUUUUACAAUUUUCAGCCCAUUGUUUUAAACACUUGACAUCCUGGUUGUGUAUAGUAUUAACUUGUUAUUGGCUCAGGUUCUUGUUAGCUUGCAAAAGUGUUGAAUAUCAUUUAAUUUAUAUUGUUGGGGAAAUUACUUGUGUAUUAACAAGAGACUUUAAAACAUUGGAGUUCCUUUUUAAGGGACUCAAUCAUAGAUUUUUAAUAUGAUUAAAUUUUAUGAACAAAGUACAUAAAGCAAUUGAUGGCCAGAAUUCAUUAAAUCCAAGCUGAAAAUGUUCAUUUUUCAAUAGUGUGACUUAACACUUUUUAGCCAAAUAGUGCUUCUUCUGUUACAUUAUUCCUUUUUUUAACAAUAGAGCUAAUUUGAACAUUUCUUGAUGUUUUAGCAUUGUUACAAGAAUUUUGUUCCCAUUUUACAAGAAAUAAAACAAAAUCAAAGUCUGUCACCCUAAGGAACUUGAACGAGUCUCUUUAAGACGAAACUAGAAUUCUGACUACAUAUUCCAUUAUCUUUAACAUGAUAAUGUGACAUCGCCUGCAAAAAAACUUAAUGUGGAUGUAUACAAAUUACCAUUAAAACCAGAUUUGAAAAAGCAGAGGGUUUACAAAUAAAAUCAAACUUUUAACAAUAAGUAAACUUGAGCAAUAGAUUGUAAAUGUUCAAGAAAGAUCAAAAUAGCACUGAUUGUCAUCUAACGGGGCACAGUAUUUUGCGAAAAUAAGCACGUUACUUUAAAUGCUUCGGAACUCGUUUUUGCUGACAAUGUCAUUUUAUUCAUAUAUGUGUGUGUAUUUGUUGAAUAAACAAUCUCAGUUAAGGUUUUAAAUAUGUAGACAUUCCAUUAGCGAUAGCAACAUUGACAAAGAAACAAGUAAACUAUGCUACGGACAGCAUUAUGCUAAGAUAAAAACACAUUUAUAUUCGUCAAGUUUGAUUUUAAUCCAUUUUUCAAUUUAAAAUGACCUUCGGUGAACAAUUGUUUAAAACUGGUUUAUUAAUUGGUUUGGUUAAAAUUAGCCAAAAUGUUUAUCGAUUGGUCAAUAUUUGUCAAAAAAAACUCUUAUUAACCAAUCAAAUCAUUUAAAUGUGCAAACCAACCUAAAGAUAACCUGUUGACAACUUCAUGUGUUAUACAGUUGGUUACAGUAGGUUUUAUUUGGUGGUGUUGAGAUAAAUACAAAAAAACUAUAAAUUUUUUCUCUCCUUACCUAAUCCUAGGUACUUUCAAAUUAUGCAUGACGGUUUUUCAACCUAAAAGUAAGUGUGCCCUGCAUAUUCUUAGUAUAAUUGAUGUACCUGGAGCUCAGCAUUAAAAGGAUAGUAAUUUCGAUAAAUAGUGGGGCAGCUGUGAUGUUAUGCAUACCUUGUGCCACUAAGUAGGGUUUAUUUUUGGAUUUUUGACUUCUGGGCUUGUAGUAUAGAAACAUCCCACGUACAUCAGAUUUCGUCAUCCUACUUUGAAAAUGUGAAAAGCAUCAUUCGGCAAGUUAUGAACUGUUACCUAAGUUAUGCUGUAUCUUUGACAAUAUCAAAUAUUGUCGUGGCAUCAACUUUUGACUUCAAAUUCCAGAAUUGAAAUUAUCUGGGGGGGUUUACUUAUUUAUUUAAAUAUUAACCGGCAUAAAUCUUGUAUAGAAAAAGUCUGUAUAAAAAUAAAAUAUAUUUUUUGCAGUGAUCUAAUUUUCAUGCUAUUUUGCUCUAACGACUAAUGUGUGGUGCUAAAUCUACCUUUAUUAAUAUUUCUAGACUAGAUGUUGGUUUUACAAGGUAUUUUGUAGUUUAGUCACAUGCUGUAUGCAUCUUUUUAUCUUCUACUCAGGGUAAAUUUGGUAAAAAAGGAUAGUAAUUGUGCAUAAUUCCAUAUAAACCUUAACAGUUCCAUUAAUUGACAGACAAAUGGCCAAUUUUCUGCAUAUUUGUUUAAGUUAACAAUGUUGUUAACAUUAUCGUUGUUAACUUUCAAAUCUUGCGGUCUGUAGUAUCUAUAAGAAGCUUUCAUACAGCUGUUUCAAUUGUUUUGUCAAAAUAUUUGAGCACAUCAUCAACUAUUUCACUUUUAUAAGUUAACAACGAUGUUGUUAAUCACAUAGAGUUGUUGUUAACUUUAACAAAGUUAUGGACAAUUGGCCCAAAGUAUUAUUUUUUUAUGUUUGAAGUUACUGUUAAGUCUGAAUAUACUACAGGAAUAAAAUAACUGUACAUGCAAAACCGUACCCCACAUAUUCUUAAAUUAUAACACAAGACAUAGCAACUUUUGAUGAUUAUUCAGAAGUCUGAAAAAUGUCACAUGUCAUUGGGGAAAUUGAAGAUGCCCCUCUGUAGCAGAGUGUUGUUGAUUUGUUGCAUAACUGUGGUCAACUAUAUGUAGCUACUCAACCACUACAUCUCAUUUUAGUCAGGUUUCUCAUCAAGCACAUUUCUUUUUCCCGCUAAUCGUUAAUCUUAAGAAAUAGUUAAAAAUUGUGUGUACUUACAAAAUUAAAUGGGUUGAUACCCAACUGAGUUGUAUAACCAUUUUAUAUGUGUAAGUACAUACUAACAUUCAUAGAGUUUUUUAAUGGUUACAUCAUAUUGUGUGAACUACCAUGGGCCAGCCACUACCGCUACACCUGAUUAAAUUACAAAAAAAUGGCUGAUUUAUUGAAAUAAAUUAAUUUGAAAACUUAAGAAAUACUGCCUCUUCAUUGAACGAAAAUAAUGUUGACCACUAAAUGUAUUUUGUCUGAUUUAUGUAAGUUCAUAUUUACAAAUUUUGCAUUACUUUUACCAAGUAUAAAAAUUGUAUAUGUUUGUAAAAAAUAUGCUGUCAGAACUGUUUUCUUCAUGCAGGGUUUUAAAUUCCAGUUCAUCGAUUCUAAAUGGACAUGCUUUUGUUGUUCUAGUGCACUUUUCUUGAAUAAUAAAAAGUAGAUAUUG